UAUCAGCUGAGUAACUCAGCUCACGUCACUUUUGUAGGUUAUUUAUUGUUUUGAUCUAUGUUCAAUUAUUUGCGCUAAGGAGUGUCGAAGAAAUAAAUUAAAAUGACGGUCAAACCACGAGAGAAGCCCGUGGAUGGCGAUGACGACCCCGUAGAAAAUAUGCUGAAGAAAACUGGCUGUUUGGAAUUACACUAUAAAGUGCAGGAGUGCAUAGCUGAGACCAAGGACUGGAGAAAAUGCCAAACAGCAGUCAAUGAUUUUAGAGAUUGCAUCAAUAAACAUAAGAAACUUGAAGAAAAGAGUUGAAUGUAUUAGUUUUAAUGUUAUAUUUAGUUGUUGUUAUAUCUUUUAAUGAAGGCUUUUUAAAAUGACUUCAUAGAACCUAUUUAUUUUUAAAGGUGUGUUUAUGGAGAUUACUUAAAUAAAAUAAUAGUUACCAAAUGUC